ACACUUUUGUGUUGUUUUUAUCCGAAAAGAUCAGAAAUUGCAUUUAGUUAGAAAUAAUUAAAUAAAAAUGUCCCGCAAAGAGGCCCUGUCGCAGUUCAUUAAUCAGAUUCACGGUCGCCCCGUCGCCGUAAAGCUAAACAACGGCGUAGACUACCGAGGGGUUUUGGCCUGCUUGGAUGGCUACAUGAAUAUCUGCCUGGAGCAAACUGAGGAAUACGUCAACGGACAGCUGAAGAACAAAUACGGCGAUGCCUUUAUCCGCGGCAAUAAUGUCCUCUACAUUUCAACGCAGAAGCGGAGGGUCUAAAAUCAUAGCGCCUAAGUCUAUUUUCUAAAUACAACACACUCCAAAAAACGUAA